AUGGCGGAGAAGUUUACGGUUUCGUACAUGACACUUCUGGCUAUUACUUGGCUAAUCGUCAAAGUAACGGCGAACGAAGUAUCUCAAUUCCCUCGGGACCUGAACGUCCCGGGUGGUGCGAAUGUCACGAUGUUCUGCAAAUUUCCACUAUCACAAGAUACUGUUGACAUUCGUUGGCGGAGGCAAGGCGAGAAGGCAUUUUUAGAAGGGGACAGCAGAAGACAAUUUACAGUAGAAAGGGGAAGAGGAACGCUUGUACUCCGAAAUGUCAAAUUCAGCGACUCUGGACUAUAUUACUGUGAAGUAAAGUUUCAGGAGCAAUUUUUCGUGAGUAGCUGUGGCACCAGCCUCACUGUGUUCGCUCCUCCAACUCCAGUGGAAAUUGUUCCUGUUGGAGGGUUUUCGUCUCCUCGAAAGCUCCUUUGUAAAACGGCUGCCUUCUACCCGGAGAAAUUAGAAAUCAUUUGGCAAAGAAAUAACAAGCAAAUUCACACUGGAAUAGAAAAUGUGACAAACCGGAACGUGGACGGCUUGUAUGAGGUACUUAGUUUAUUGGAAAUUACGCAGUCUACUUGGGGAAAAGAUAUUUACACCUGCCUGGUGUCGCAUGGCUCCCUCACGUUGUCUGCCAGUUUCAGCUACAUCCAAGGCGCUGAUACUAAAUUCAUUCUGGCAUGUGCACUGGGCGGAUCGGCAAUUUUAGCUCUAAUAAUUGUUUUGGUGAAUGUCAAGUUAAAGAGAUUGCACGGGAUUAACACAAGUUCUUUGGACAGAUGUCAGAGUGAAGAGCUGGCUGACCAAGCUGCGGUUGAUCACACCACUCCCCAUGUUUCACUAAAUAUAAGGGAGAAUAAAGGAUUUCGCAAAGAUCGACAACAAGAAGAAUGCAUUAUCUAUUCUCAGACUGCAGGAAAUGGAGCUGACAAACUGACUUACGCUGCUCUGCAGCUUCCCGAUUCCAAGAACACGCCAGCACCCAAACAUCAAAACAAACAUGCAUUGUACGCAGACGUAAAUACAUCAAAGAAACUGUGA